GAAAAUUCUUGUAUCGUCCGAGGCCGACAUACUCAUAUUAAAUUGUUUACUUGACAAGGUACACAUCGACAUCCUCCUUUAGGGUGAAAAGUAAACUAGUCACAUGACAUGAAAAUGGCGGACGACGAAUCGGGUGUGCAAACUCAGAAUCGAAAUGCGAGAAAUCAUAUUGACAUAGCUCCAGGAAGAAGAAGAUGUAGUUCGUGUUCUGGAGGGGUGCAUGACGAAAAUAAAAUACCAACUGAAUAUGAAUCUCUUCACCAUGUAUCAGACAAUUUAUCAUCACCAGAACGCCAUUGUCACGAAAGUAAAACACGACCAGACAUUGAUAAAAUAGCCCGAAGGAAACUUCUCAUAGCUUGUGUACUGUCACUGACUUUUAUGAUAGCAGAAGUCAUUGGAGGAGUAUUUGCUCAUAGUCUAGCCAUAGUGUCUGAUGCUGCCCAUUUGUUGACAGAUCUUGCCAGUUUCCUGAUAAGCCUUUUGGCUUUGUACUUGGCAUCUAGACGUGCCACAAAGAAGCUAAGCUUUGGCUGGUAUAGAGCAGAGAUUCUUGGUGCAUUGGUGUCAAUUCUGUUCUUGUGGGUAAUUACGGGUGUAUUGUGUUACAUGGCGGUGGAACGGGUUGUCAGCAUGGAUUUUGAAGUGGAUGCCACUGUAAUGUUGAUAACGGCAGCUUGUGGGGUAGCUUUCAACAUUGUAAUGGGUUGUAGCCUGCAUCCAGGAGGUCAUGGUCACUCACACAGUUUAGAUAAUAAUUCAGGAGAUUUUGACUCAGAUGAGGAGAAGGUGCGUUUAACAGCAUCAGAGAGUAUACAGACAGAGACUAUAGGAUCUUACGGGGCUCUGUCGGGCAGCUAUUCAGGUGACAGUCUUGAUACCAAGGUCACAGGUCAUUCCCAUAAAGCCAAUAUCAAUGUGAAGGCUGCAUUUAUUCAUGUACUUGGUGACCUUUUACAGAGUGUGGGUGUUCUGGUGGCAGCUUUUAUUAUCUAUUUUAAGCCAGAGUGGAAGAUAGCCGACCCUAUCUGUACAUUUGUGUUUUCUGUGAUAGUACUUAUAACUACAUUUACCAUAUUACGUGAUAUUCUAGUCGUUCUCAUGGAAGGAACACCAAGAUCUGUGAAUUUUAAAGCAAUCUAUCACAGUUUGAAGGGUAUAGCAGAAGUUAAAGAUAUACAUGAUCUGAGAAUCUGGUCACUCUCCAUGGAUAAAGUGGCUUUGUCUGUACAUCUAGCUGUCAGUAGAACGACAAACACUCUGGAAGUCCUUGAGCGUGCGUCAAAUAUGAUCAGAACAAAGUUUGGCAUCACUGAGACAACAAUUCAGGUGGAAGAGCACGUUCAGGACAUGCUUGACUGCACACAUUGUAGGGAUUUGCCAGACUGAACGCUUUCACACUUAACCAUGAAUAAACAGCGCCAAUUUUGAACAAUGCAUUAUUAUAGUUUGGUACAAUGUUAUAUAAAUGACAUAUUUGGGGACAAAAUUGAAGUAAGCUGUAAGGAGUGUUUUCGUAUACUUUAGAGGAAUUUCUUAACAAGUAUAAAGGUAUAUUAAGAAUGAGUUCCUUUAAUGGACGAUCUGUGAAUGUGAAUAUCAAAUUGUAAGCAAAAUAUUGUGCAUCAGUCAAAUGAUACACAGCCUCUCCACCUUUAGGAAUAGAAGAACAAAAAGUCA